AUGGGGUUAUCGGGUAUCCCCUCAUGCAUUAUCCGCUUCAUCUGCCAUAUUCCCUCGGGAAUGGGCGGGGUCGGCGGAAUGGCCCAGUACAAUAAAGUCAAGGUUCUCCAAGACGUUCUUGAAGUGGUCCCUCAUGGGAAGGACUACCUGCGAGGGUUGAAAAUUGACUCCCACGUGGGGUCUUUACUAGAGCAGAAAUUCCUGCCUGGUAGUGUGGGGGCCUGCAAUGGUGCCGAGAAUUGGAUGAACGCCACGGACGGGACCAACCUGUUUGUCAAGUUGUUCGAGGGAGGAGGAUAUACCGAUCCCGUCUCUGUAUGCAAGGGCAUGAUGACGACCUGGAUCGUGAAUCUCAUCGUGGUUGUGUUCUACUAUAUCGUUGGGGCUGGCAACAUCUUCAUCGGGCUCGCCGGCCUAGAUAGCUACUCCCAUCAUUCGUGGAGCUUGGGGCAUGGGUACGACUUACCUCGGAGGACGUGGAACUUUAUACGGCCAGUUAUAAGGUUUAUUGGCCACCUGAUUUACUUUACCAUUCGCUUCCACAUUCGCUUUUGGUCCCGGUUGGUCCAUACCCUCAGGUGGUAUGCUCCCUUUGGCAGCCCCAAGUUGGGUGAAACCGAGACCAUGUCCUUUGAAAGCACGGAAAAGCUCCUCCAACACGAGAAAGGGACCCCGCUUCCCAAACUCAGCGAACCACUGCCCUUUGAGGUAGCAGCCCUGAUUUCUAGGUCUAUGCACUUUAUCGACGUGGUGCAAGCCGCCGAGGCUUCGCCAAUCCUGCGCGGUCGCUUUCUAGGUUACGACGAUCCACAGGGCCGGUUGGAUGCGCUUCGAGAGAUUGCCAAGUCCAGUACCGAGCACCACCCCUAG